ACAGUAGUAUAUACUAUUUGUUAUAUUUAAUUCCCAAACAAAAUGCAUUUAAUGGACUUGGAGCAGCUGUUCAGGACACUCAAAACCGAUCCUGAAACGGGACUUACCAGUGCGCAGGUGUCAAGGCGCUUAGAGGCGAAUGGCAAAAAUCGUUUUUACUUGCCCACCGAUACCGAACCAAAGCUUUUUGAAUACCUUAGGCAUUGCUUUCGGGGCUUUGGGUUUUUGAUCUUCUUAAGCGCGCUCGCCAGUUUCUUUCUGUACAUUAUGAAGAAGCGCCUUGAUACGGAUAAAGAACUGGAUCCCGAGUAUUGCAUAGCUGGCUUUAUAAUGUUAACUUUCUUCUUGGUCUCGGGCUUCUUUCGCCUGGUGCAGGCCAAUGACGACAUCGAGAUGGUCUUGGCCUUCAGAGCACUCAUGCCAAUUAAUUGCACGGUGCUGAGAGAUGGCAGGAAGAAGAUUAUACGCGCCGAGAAUGUUGUGCUGGGCGAUGUCUUGGACGUAGUUUCCGGUGACCGUUUGGCGGCAGAUGUUAGAUUUUAUACCUCACAUGGCCUGGAGGUGAACAAUGUGGCGCUGACGGGCAAAUCAGCGCCUGUUCGCAUUGAUCCGGAGCAAACGCACCCGAAUCGCUGGCUAGCUCACAAUCUGGGCUUUGCUUGCAGUCAUGUAACCAAGGGCUGGGGCUUGGCCAUUGUCAUAGCUUGCUUAAAUGACUCCGAAGUGGGCAUCAUGGCGCGCUUGUGCAUGGAGCCGUGUCCGAAAAGUCGCGCCACCAAGCACAUUAAACAGGUUACAAUUUAUACCUAUAUUGUUGGCAUUGUUAUGUUCUUCAUGUUGCUCUGCACCAUCUCGAUGGUGAACCAGCCCAUCGAAUGGGCCAUUGAGUUCAAUGUGGGUCUAAUGAUUUCGCUGGCGCCGCUCUAUCUGCCCUCGCUCAUGUUCUUUGGUCUGUUCCAUGCGCGCCAGCGGCUGCUUAAGCAGCAGUGCUAUGUGCGCAAUAUGGAAUCGGCCUAUACGCUGGGCACCACUACCGUCAUCUGCUCGGAUCUGGUUGGCACAAUGACGCAGCGCAAGUUUCAUGUGAGCGAAGUGUAUGUCGAUGAGGAGCUGCUGCUCUCGGAGGAUAUCGAGUGGCAGAAUGCGAGCGAGGCAAAGAUGGAGUUGCUGCAUGCGGCACUGCUUUGCAAUGAGGCUGUGGUGCGUCCGGGACAGCGCGGAGUGCCAGUGCAGGAGAAGAGCUUGUAUGGCCUGGACUUUGAUUGUGCCACGCUGGAGUGGGCACGCGGCAUACUGCCCCACUUUGCGCAAGUGCGUCGUGAGAACGAAAGGCUGGCAAACAAGCCCUACGACACAAUGGAGAAGUUACAGAUGAGCGUGCAUAUUCGUGAGAGGGAUGGCGUGCAGGAGCGUGUGGUGUAUGUGAAGGGUCCAUUGGAAAUAGUGCUGAAGCACUGCCGAGCAGAGGAUGAGUCGGAGUCCGACACGGAAAUGGGUAUAGAUCUUGUUGCGCUAAGAGCCGCACAUAACAAUCUGAAGCAGAGAGGACGCAAUACCUGUGCCUAUGCCAGCAAGGUUGUAAGGGCAAGUGGACGCAUUACCAUCGCCCACGAGGCCUACGACAGCCAUAGGAAGAGCUUUCGUGAGUUUUUGCAGGUGGACAGCUACUCGCUGGAGCUGCUGGGCAUGGUGGCCAUACAUGAUCCGCCUUUUCCGAACAUCCGCAGAUCUGUGGAGCGUUGUCGCCGGGCGGGCAUUAAGCUUGUGCUGCUCACGCGCGCCAGCGUUCUUUAUGCACGCGCCAUUGCCCGCGAUGUGGGCAUCAUAUCGACGCAGAGCGAGACCGUUGAGUUUUCAAGCUCCCGCUUGAACGCUUCCCAAAGUCAGCGCCGUAUGUUCUCUUCCGCCGCCAUUGAUAUGCGCAACUGGACCGAAAGGGAGUCGCAUCAUCAGUACUGGGAGCUUCAGCAGCUGCUGCUAUGCUAUGAGAAUCUAGUGUUUGCAAGGAUUGCAGUGGAGCAACGCUUCAUGGUCGUAAAUGUUUGUCAGGAUCUAGGUGCCAUUGUCACGGUCAUUGGCAACACCGUGCAUCAUACCUCGGCUGUGCGGCAUGGCAAUGUGGGUGUGGCCACUUAUGGCUCCGCCAUAGCCUGCCAAGCGUGCGCGGAUAUUAUUCUGCUCGAUAGCAACUUUUCCACUCUGGCUACGGCCAUUGGAACGAGUCGUUUAAUGUUCAUCAAUAUGAGGAAAGCCUUGGGCUAUGCUCUCAGCUCCUGCAUGCCGAUGAUAAUGGCGCACUUCGCUUUCAUUCUCCUGCGCGUGCCCAUUCGUUUGUUUGUCGUCGUUUCCUUUUUCAUUGAUAUCUUUGUUAAUCUGCUGCCCGCUUUGACUCUAUUUUAUGAGAAAGCCGAGGAGGAUUUAAUGUUGCAAAUGCCAAAGGUCUACGAUGACUAUCUUAUGAACAAACGCACCAUUUUUGUCUCGUUCAUCCUGGUGGGCAUGAUUGAGGCUUUUGCUGUCUUUAUUACCUAUUUUGUCUACAUGGCAAGCAAAGGAUUUUAUCCUAAAACUCUGUUGGGAUCCAGUUUGCAGUGGUUUGAUCACUCCGCUAAUGAUAUCAGUGAUUCCUAUGGACAAGAGUGGAGUUACGGUGCCCGCCAGCGCUUGGAGCACAAGGCUUCAACAAUAUUUACGUUAACCAUUAUUGUUAUGCAGUGCACCAAUCUUAUCUUAUCGAAGACCGCGCGUGCCAGCCUUUUUAAGCAAGGCUUUGGCAAUAUUCCAUUAAACUGUGCUGUUGUUUAUUUAAUCUGUUUGGGCUUCGUAGUAGCCUAUCUGCAAUUGCCUAGCAUGAAACUGGAGCGCAUUGAAAGCUAUACGUGGUUUUUUUACUGCAUUUGGCCGAUGGCGGUAUUUUUAGCACUGGUCGAAUCAGUGCGCCGUUAUGUUUUGAGACGUUUUCCUGGCAGUUGGCUGGAAGUGGAAACUUAUUAUGGUUAGCACUGCUUGGCAUUGCAGUCAACUGCUUGCAUGUACUGCUUGCUUCACAGCUUGCUGCAUGCGCUACUAAUCUAAAAUUCAAAUAUACAGUUCACUGCGGUAUUUUUGAAAUAUUGCAUUUAUUUUGGGAAUUGCUCGAAGCUGUGGUGGUGUAUCUGCAAUUUCUCACAAUAAAGUUCUUAUUUGUGAGUGUCUGUAAUGUGUUUUUCUGUUAAAUUUAUGUUUAAAUUGCAUAUUCAUAUUUAAGUUUCGCUCUACAUGCAUUUAUUUAAUUUUUUCUUUUUGUUCUUAUUUUUGUUUUAUUUUUUUUAGGUAGGUACGAGUAAUCGUUAUUUUUGUGGUUGUUAGACUUUACACGUUUUACUGCUAUUGUUAUCAACAUCAAUAUCCAUCAAUAUGGUAAUGGGGCUUUCAAUAUUUUAGUUUGUAAAUAUGUCUUUUGAUUAAACUGUUGAACAUUUAUGCGUAUAUAAUUUAUAUUGCGAUUAUACUUAGCUAAGUAUCGUGUGUGUGUUUGUGUGCACAUUUAGAUUUGUAUAUUUAAUUUAUUUAU